UAUGACAAUAUUAAAACAGUCUCGGUAAUAAAUAAUUGUAUUGCUAAGAGGCUAAUUUAAAUGCCUAAGUCAGUCAUUAUUUUUUACAGUCUAGGCUCUAGAUCAGGGGUCAUCAACUACGUUUUUCCAAGGCCGGAAUUUUUUAAGCAGACACUCCGGGGGCCGGACUUUCAAAUAAAAAAAAUGAAAUGUAUUUAUACCUAAUAUGCCUAUUCUUGUUGGAUAUUUUCACCUUUUAACUGAAUUAAUGCUAUAUUAGAUGAUCCAUUUCCAUGCUCCUGUGAAGACAGGUCACAGAAUCAGACGGGUCACAGAUUACGAUGUAACACCGAUUACGCCACCCAACCUGCCAACUCGCGAAACUUCCUCAGCCAAUCAGAAUUCAGAUGGAAUUGACGCGUGCUCAGCUCUUGGGCUCAGCUCAACGCUAGGAAAAGUCAGGCGAGAUUCCGCUGUGUCCAUCAAGUGAACUGAACCGCCUAAAAAAAGUAGCUAACGUUACAUGUGAGAGAUGGGAAGAGAGAAGGACGCUAAAGGAGAAGGGAAGGCCAAGCACAAAGCAAAGAAACUGAGAAAGCUGAGUGAUUCUGAAAGCGCUGGUCCCGGGGGAGAUACGAUCAAGUACAGUGUAAAGUCAACAACAUCUACAGAGAAAACGGAUAAUGGAAAGUCUCGUAAGAAGGUCAAGACCCCUAAGACUGAAACCUUGGAGUCAGCCAGCAGUCCCAGAGAGUCUGUGAAACAGGAGCCAGAGGAUAAUGACUUCACUGCAAACAAAGGGUUGAAAAGGAAAAGAAUUAAGGAUGAGCCCAUGGAAGGCCCUUCAAACUCCACUGCUACACCUACCUCAAAGAAGAAAAAUAAGCGACAUGGGCAGGAAGAAGAAAGUGACAGAGAAACUCAAAAAAAGAAGUCAAAGAAAAGAACAGAAAAGACGGUAAAGAAAGAGGAAGGAGAGCAUCCAGUCUCGAAAAAACCUAAGAGGACAAAAGAGGAGAUUCAGGAGGCAAGACUCGUGAAGAUCAAAAAGAAAGAGGAGGAGGAGCAGAGUCGCUGGAGAUGGUGGGAGGAAGAGAAGUAUGAAGAUGGGGUGAAAUGGAAGUUCCUGGAACACAAGGGACCCUUCUUCCCUCCUGAGUACCAGCCUCUGCCAGACAACGUUAACUUCUACUACAGUGGUAAGAAGGUGAAGCUGAGCCUGGCAGCUGAGGAGGUGGCGUUGUUCUUUGCCCAGAUGUUGGACCACGAGUACACCACCAAGAAGGUGUUUCGGGAGAACUUCUUUAAAGAUUGGAGGAAGGAAAUGACCCAUGAGGAGAGGUCACUGAUUAAAGAUCUUGACAAGUGUGACUUUGGAGAGAUCCAUGCCAUGCAUAAAGCCAAGGUGGAGGCCAGGAAAAACAUGACCAAGGAGGAGAAACUGGUUUUGAAAGAGGCCAACCAGAAGAUAGUGGAUGAGUUUGGCUACUGCCUGCUGGAUCACCACAAAGAGCGCAUCGGCAACUUUAAGAUUGAGCCUCCCGGGCUGUUCCGGGGUAGAGGCGAGCAUCCCAAACAGGGCAUGCUGAAGAAAAGGAUCCAACCAGAGGAUGUCAUCAUCAACUGCAGCAGAGAAUCCAGUGUCCCCGCGCCGCCUGCUGGUCACCGCUGGAAGGAGGUUCGACAUGACAACUCUGUGACAUGGCUGGCCAGCUGGACUGAGAACAUCCAGGGCGCCAUUAAAUACAUCAUGCUCAAUGCCAACUCAAAACUCAAGGGAGAGAAGGACUGGGAGAAAUACGAGGUUGCUCGGAAGCUGAAGUCAUGCGUGGACGACAUCCGCAACCAGUACAACCAGGAUCUGAAAUCUAAAGAGAUGGGCACGCGACAAAGAGCUGUGGCCCUCUACUUCAUAGACAAGCUGGCACUGAGGGCUGGUAAUGAGAAGGAGGAGGGAGAGACGGCAGACACGGUUGGUUGCUGCUCGCUACGUGUGGAGCACAUCACCCUCCAUGAGAAACUGGAGGGCAAUGAGUGUGUUGUGGAGUUCGACUUCCUGGGUAAAGACUCCAUUCGCUACUACAACAAGGUCCCCGUCAUCAGAAAGGUUUUUAAGAAUCUCAAACUGUUCCUGGUGAACAAACAACCUGGAGAUGACCUCUUUGACCGCCUUAAUACAGCCAUGCUGAACAAGCACCUGAGUUCUCUAAUGCCCGGUCUGACUGCGAAGGUCUUCAGGACGUACAACGCUUCCAUCACAUUACAGCAGCAGCUCAAAAUUCUCACAAACAAGUCCGACAAUAUGGCAGAGAAACUGCUGUCCUACAACAGGGCUAACCGAGCAGUUGCCAUUCUGUGUAACCACCAGCGGGCGCCGCCAAAGACCUUUGAUCAGUCUAUGGCUAACCUUCAGGCCAAGAUUGAUGCUCGAAAGGAAACGCUGGCCCUAGCAAAGACGGAGCUGAAACAGGCCAAGAAGGAGGCCAAGAACAAAGGCACCUCAGACCCCAAGCUGCAGACGCUGGUGGAGCGGAAGAAGGCAGCAGUGAAGCGCUGCGAGGAGCAGCUGCUGAAGAUGGAGGUCCAGGCGACUGACAGAGAAGAAAACAAACAGAUUGCCCUGGGUACCUCCAAGCUCAACUACCUGGACCCACGCAUCAGCGUGGCUUGGUGUAAGAACACGGAGGUACCUGUAGACAAAAUCUACAAUAAGAGCCAAAGGGACAAGUUUGCCUGGGCCAUCGACAUGACAGAGGAGGACUUUGAGUUCUAACUUUCCAAUUCUAAUACCCCGGUCUCAUAAGCGGAUGCUAAAAUCCAAUUAAGGAACCAUUCACUUUAUAAUACAAAACUUUAAUAUUGCAUUCAUAAUGUUCAUAGCCUACUGAUGUUGUACUUCAUGAAAUUUUGUGACACAUUUUGUUUACUGAUGUUCAUUUCUGUUUAAUGCUUUUGGCACUUAUUUUUUUGUUAAUUUUGUGUUUGCCCUAAUUUGAAUAAAGGUUCCUACUAUGCAGUGAAGUGA